AUGGAGGAGCUAGGGUUUGGCUGCACGGACACGGUGGAGCACUGCAAGGCCGUGCUCAAGGAGCACAGCGCCGGCAGCAGCAUCAGCGAGGCGGACGUGGCGCGGGUCAUGGGGGUGGUGGCGAAGGGGUCCGUGGAGACUCGGGGUGGCGGCGGCACUGGGCCGCUUACCUUCUGGAACGUGGACGUGCUGGUCGAGGCUAUUGUUCAGCUGGCCCCAAGGCUAAGCUGGUUGUCGGUGAUCAACCAUCUGGACUAUCCGGGCUUCCUCGUCAAGGAUCACCAAGGCUUCAGCGCACUCGUGCUCAUGCACUCCAAAGCUACCAAGGAGCUCUUCCCUCUGCCCUCUGUAUGCGGGAAGCUGUGGGCGAACGCGGAGGGGCAGCUCUCCUUCCUGCGCCACGCGGUCUCCGCGCCCCCGGAGGUCUUCACCUUCGCGCACUCCCCCCGCCAAACCCCCCCCAUGGACAACCUCCACGGGCACAAGCUCCCCACGGGGACCCCCAACUGCGCCUGGGUCUCCCUAGACCUCCUAGAAGCCCUCUGUAGGAUCGGCGAGACUGGGAGAAAGGCGGAGGUGCUGGAAGUGCUGGGGUACCCGAUAAAGCACUGCCCGGAGGUGCUUAUAGUGGGGAUGGCGCAGGUGAAGACGCCUGGAGGGGGGGUGAUCCAGAGGGAGGUGCUGGGGGCGCUGGUGCCGCUGUAUUUGGCGAAUCAUCCGAACUCGAGCAUUGUGCUGCAUGCGCUGUGGGGGGUGCCCGGGGGAAAGGACGUGGUGAUGCAGGCGAUGGUGGGAGUGCACGCCAGUGAUCCCACCAGCAUUGCUCGCCUGCUCGACGUGUGCCAAGACCUCAAGGUCCUCUCGGUGGUGCUGGAGAGCACGCCAUUUUCCUUCUCCCUGGACCUCGCUUCACUCGCCUCUCGCCGCGAGUACCUCAACCUCGAGAAGUGGCUGCAGGAGGCGCUCACUCUGCACCGCGACUCGCUCUUCAAGGCGUGUCUGCAGUUCCUGAGGGCCAAGCUGGUGCAGGACAGCCAGGAUGCCAGCGCUCAGAGAAUCAACCUGUCACUGGAAACGCUCGCGAUCUUCUUCAAGGUCCUCCAAGGCAACGCGCCGCAGCUGCAGGCACCCGAGCUGGGCGACGACCUUAAAGCCCUGUACGCGUCCGCGCUGCAGCUGCACCCUGCCCUACAAACCGUUGCAGUGCCCGAGCAGGCCCCGGCCGACGUGUUUGCGAGCGACAUAGAGGAGGAGGCGAAUGCGUACUUCCAGAAGAUAUAUGUCGGGCAGCUGAGCAUUGAGGAGGUGGUGGAUAUGCUUAAGCGCUUUAAUGGUUCCUCCGUGCAAAGGGAGCAAGAUGUGUUCGCGUGCAUGAUUCAGAGCCUCUUUGACGAGUACCGCUUCUUCCCGCGCUACCCCGACAAGGAGCUCCGCAUCACGGCUGUCCUCUUUGGUUCCCUGGUGAAGCACCAGCUGGUCUCGUCCAUCACGCUGGGCAUCGCCCUGCGCUGUGUGCUAGACGCUCUCAAGAAGCCCUCCGACUCCAAGAUGUUCUCCUUUGGCGUCACGGCGCUCGACCAGUUCCACCCGCGCCUGCCCGAGUGGCCGCCCUACUGCACGCACAUCCUGCACAUCCCGCACCUGCAGGACGUGCACCCGCGCCUUGGUGCUGCCGCCGCUGGUGCUGCUGCCGGUGCUGCUGCUGGUGCUGUCGGCGGUGUUUCCACUGGUGGUGCUGGUGGUGGGGCUGGUGGGGGAGGAGGGGGAGUGGAUGGUGGAGGUGCUAUUGGUGCUGGCGACAAGGGGAAGGGUGCCUCUGGUGGCGGUGAUACUGGGGGCGUGGGGUCUCAGGAUAAGGCAGGGAAGACAGCGGAUGGUGUGGCAGGAAAGGGAGCAGCGGAGGGGAAGGAUGGUGCUGGGGGGGGAACGCAGGGGCAGGCACAGGGGCAGGCACAGGGGCAGGGGCAGGGGAAAACAGAGCAGAGGAAGGCGGAGGCGGAGGACAGACAGGGGGAGAAACAGGGGGAGAAGCAGGAUGGGGCAGUGGGAGCGAAGGCAGAGGCGGGUAGUGCACUGCUAGCUGCUGUGCAGAGCCCGGCUAAGGAUUCCAUUCUAUUCAAGCCAUCAGGAGCGGCCUUGGCACCAGUGGGAGGGUCCGGGGGCUCGCAGAAGCUGGAGGGGCUGCGCCCGUGGGGUGGGUCAGGCUCGGGUGUGUCGACGAGAGCGCCUGCUGCAGGCUUUGGGCAUGCCCUCAACAUUGAGACGCUCAUGGCUGCAGCAGAGUUGCGGGAUAGCCCCAUCGAGAUGCCCUCGUCAGACGCACAGGACAAGGUGGCGUUCAUCAUCAACAACAUUGCAGCGGCGAAUCUGGACCAAAAGUCGAAGGAGAUACUGGAAGUGCUCAAGGAGCCCUUGUUCCCCUGGUUCGCGCAAUACCUCGUCAUGAAGAGAGCGAGCAUAGAGCCCAACUUCCACGAGCUCUACCUCAAGUUUGUGGACAAGAUGGGUGCUAAGCUGCUGCAGAAGGAGGUGGUGAAGGCGACGUACGAGAACUGCAAGGUACUCUUGCGGUCAGAGCUGAUUCGGUCCAGCAGUGAGGAGCGGUCGCUGCUCAAGAACAUAGGCAGCUGGCUGGGCCGACUCACCAUUGGUAGGAACCAGCCGCUGCGUGCCAACCAGAUCAACCCGAAGAAUCUGAUCAUUGAGGCGUACGAGAAGGGUCUAAUGAUCGCCAUCAUUCCCUUCACUUCCAAGAUUCUCGAGCCCUGUGCGAACAGCGUGAUCUACCAGCCGCCCAACCCCUGGACUGUGGGCAUUCUGGGUCUUCUGGUGGAGAUCUACAGCCAGCCCAACCUCAAGCUCAAUCUCAAGUUCGACAUUGAGGUGCUGUUUAAAAACCUGGGGAUCGAGAUGAAGGAGGUGAAGCCAUCGCAGCUGUUAGUUGGGCGGCAGAGGGAGAUGGAGGGCAAUCCGGACUUCUCAAACAAGGACCUGCUAGCCGCUCACCUGUCCGCUGCAGCAGGAGGGGGGCCAGGAGGAGCGGGGUCAGGAAGGGGUUCUCCGCAGCCUCUUGUGCGGUCAGCUGUUGCUUCCCCUGAGCCGCCUGGGGUUGCUGGUAGGGGGUCUCUGGGGGUGCCUGGUGCGGGGAAGCCGGAUCAACAGGUGUCUCAGUUUCAGCAGCAGCAGCAACAGCAACAGCAACAGCAGCAGCAGCAGCAACAGCAGCAGCAACAGCAACAGCAACAGCAACAGCAACAGCAGCAGCAGCAGCAGCAGCAACAGCAACAGCAGCAGCAGCAGCAGCAGCAACAGCAGCAGCAACAGCAACAGCAACAGCAGCAGCAGCAACAGCAACAGCAGCAGCAGCAGCAACAACAACAGCAACAGCAGCAGCAGCUGCAGCAACAACAGCAACAACAGCAGCAACAGCAGCAGCAGGAACAGAUGUCAAUGCAGCAGCAGCAGCAACAAUCGCCGCCGCCGCAGCAGGCCCAGCAGCAGCAGUUGUUGCUGCAGCAGUCGCAGCAAGCUGGUGCCAAGGCCGCUGUUCCGUCAUCGGUAUUGCUGCCUAACCUGGCGUCUUAUAUCGUCAUCAGCCCCAAGCUCGCACCAGUGGCGCAGCAGCUGCAGCUCGCGAGGAUCGUGCCCGCGUGCAUGGACCGUGCAGUGAGGGAGAUUGUGUCGCCAGUGGUGGAGAGGAGCUGCAGCAUUGCGUGCAUGACCACUCGCGAGCUGGUGCUCAAGGACUUUGCAAUGGAGGCGGAUGACAGCCGCACACAGAAGGCAGCCAAUUUGAUGGUGGCAAGCUUGGCAGGCAGUCUCGCGCUCGUCACGUGCAAGGAGCCCCUGCGUGUGGCGAUGGCGAACCACCUGAGAACUCUGCUGCAGGCGGCCCUGGCAGGAGCGGAGCUGGAGCAGGUGGCUCAGCUGCUGGUCAGCGACAACUUGGAUUUGGGAUGUGCUGUCAUUGAGAAGGCCGCCAGUGAGAAGGCUGUGCGUGACCUAGAGGAGGUGCUCGGGCCGGCCCUGGCCAUGCGGCGCAAGCAGCGGGAGGCUCUCGGCGCGGCCUACUACGACGCAUCUAUCUACUCCCAGGGCUCCCUCGCGCGCAUUCCAGAGGCUCUCAGGCCCAAACCGGGGCGGCUCACUCUGGUGCAGCAGAGAAUCUACGAGGAUUUCGCGCAUCUGCCCUGGCAGGGGCAGAUGCCCCAGGCUGGAGCGGCGGCUGCAGCUGCUGCUGUGCUGGGCGGGGUUGGAGGAGGGGCAGGGCAGGGCGGGCAGCAGAUGGGGCAGGGCGGGCAGGGGCAGAUGGUUCUCGGGCAGCAGCAGGGGCAGGGGCCGCAGCAGGUGGGGCAGCAGGUGGGGCAGCAGGUGGGGCAGCAGGUGGGGCAGCAGCAGGUGGUUGGUGGUGGUGCUGCUGGUGGUGGUAUGGCAGGGAUGGUUUCGGGGUUGCCUGGAUCGUCCAUGUCUCCUGUCCCAUAUGUUGCCUCACAGCAGCAGCAGCAGCAGCAGCUGCUAACGGUACAGGACCAGCAGGCACAGGCUCAGGCACAGGCGCAGCAGCAGCAGCAGCAGCAGCAGCAACAGCAGCAGCAGCAGCAGGUGGGGAUGGGUUUCCAAGGGGUAGCAGCAGGAGCAGCAGCAGCAGGAGCAGCUCAACUGAUCAACGCCAAUUCCGCCUCCCCCUCGCCUGCCCAGCUGAUCGCAGCAGAAAUCGAACGACCCGGCUCCGCAGCAGCAGCAGCAGCAGCAGCGGGUGGUGUGGGAGCCGCUGGCAUGCCCCUUGGUCCCUCUGGGCUGGCCAAGAUCCCCAUGGGCGCGGAGGGCCCUCUGGCGUAUGCUGGCAGCCCCGCUCCUCCCAUGGACCUCCCCGGCCUCAACCAGCAGGUGGAUUCAUCAGCCAUGCCGCAGUCAGCUAACGCUCCUCCCGACCAUGAGAUCAAGGCACAGGCGGUGGCGUUGUUUGACGACUGGGUGCGGGUGAGCGAGGCGGCGGGCAGCAACGACAAGGCGGUGGUGGUGUUUCUCUCGCAGCUGCAGCACUCCUCGCUGCUCGCCUCAGAGGACGCCGCCGAGAGGCUCUUCCGCACGCUCACCGACAUGGUCGUCGCUCACUGCCUCGCCUCCUCCCAGCCUCUCAACCCGCCCCCGCCUGCCGCCCCUGGGAGCGGCCAGGUGCCGCCGGCUAGGGGGCUGAAUUUCACGGCUGUCGACAUGUUCAGUCGCCUCGUGGUGCUGCUUAUCAAGUACUACGUGGAUCUGGGGGGCAAUGCGAAUCUGAGCAAGGUGAAUCUGCUGAACAAGGUGCUGUCAGGCGUGGUGAGGGUCAUCCACCGCCAGGCCGACGAGCGCCGCCUCACCAACCCCCGCCCCUUCUUCCGCCUCCUUGCCAACCUUCUGAUCGACCUCAACGCACCCGAUCCCAACUUCGAUGCUGCCAGUCACCAGGUGCUCACCACCCUGGCGGCCACCUUCCAUGCCCUGCAGCCUCUUCGAGUGCCGUCGUUCAGCUUCGCCUGGUUGGAGCUCAUCAGCCAUCGCUCCUUCAUGCCCAAGCUGCUGCUCUUCCCCGGUCAGAAGGGGUGGCCCUGGUUCCAGCGCCUGCUGCUCUCGCUCUUCAAGUUCAUGGAGCCGUACCUCCGAGAUGCAGAGCUCAGUGACCCGAUCCACCUGAUGUACAAGGGUGCCAUUCGCGUCCUGCUGGUGCUGCUGCACGACUUCCCCGAGUUCCUCUGCGACUACCACUUCAGCUUCUGCGACAUCAUCCCCCCCACCUGCAUCCAAAUGCGCAACCUUGUGCUCUCCGCCUUCCCCCGCAACAUGCGCCUCCCCGACCCCUUCACACCCAACCUUAAGGUCGACCUGCUGCCGGAGAUCAGCCAGCCGCCACGCAUCUUAUCAGACGUGGAAGCCACUCUGAGGGCCAAGGGGCUUAAAGCCGAGGUGGACGAGUACUUGCAGACGCGCCAGCCGCCCUCCUUCCUCUCCGCCAGCCUCAAGCAGCGCCUGCUGCUGCCGCCUGCUGAAGCCGUGCAGAGUGGCACCAAGUACAACGUGCCUCUGCUCAAUAGCCUCGUGCUCUAUGUGGGCAUGCAGGCCAUUCAGCAGCUGCAGAGCAAGGCCACCCCCCAGCAGCUAGCGGUGCCCACGGCCCCCAUCACGCACAGCGCCCCCAUGGACGUGUUCCAGCGCCUGCUCUCCCACCUGGACUCGGAGGGGCGGUACCUGUUUCUGAACGCCGUGGCGAACCAGCUGCGGUACCCCAACAACCACACGCACUACUUCUCCUGCGUGCUGCUCUACCUCUUUGCCGAGGCCAACCAGGAAAUCGUUCAGGAGCAGAUCACGCGUGUCCUGUUGGAGCGGCUGAUUGUCAACCGGCCACACCCAUGGGGUCUCCUAAUCACCUUCAUUGAGCUCAUCAAGAAUCCGAGGUACAAUUUCUGGAGCCAUGGUUUCACGCGGUGUGCGCCGGAGAUCAAGAAGCUCUUUGAGUCGGUGGCACGGUCGUGCAUGGGCCCGCCGCCCAAAAUGGACGAGGACGUGCAUGCUGCUGUUCCGCAGCAGGCCUGA